CUGCAUCCGAGAACCCGGGGAAUAUGGGGAUAAUGUGGGGAAGGUUGGGGUAAGCAUCUCGGAAUCCUCUCCGAAAGUUCCUUCGAAGCCGGGACCUUGCGUCUUUAAAAUUGUGUCAGGACCCCCUAUUGCCACAUUUUCCAGGGAUCAUCAAGACCCGAUAUCCCUGUCAAUACUGUCACCAUGAAAUUAGGCACCGUACUUGUCUUUCCCGCUUCCCUACUUGGCAUGGUGGUUGCCAGUCCUCGCCCGCGAUUGCCCUAUAAGAUCGACACCCACCAUCAUUUCUUGCCUCAAGUAUACAGAAAUGCGUUGGAGAGCGCCGGCGGCGAUCCAUCUGGCUGGCCCACCCCUGACUGGACCCCCAGGGCAUCCUUGGAGAAUAUGGCCAGCAAUGGAAUCCAAAAGGCAAUCCUAUCACUGACCGCUCCCGGCGCAGCCAUUGCUCCGGACGUGGAAUCCGCACGAAAUCUAGCCCGGCAGGUAAACGAGGAGGCAGCUCGUCUCCGCAAGCAGUACCCGAAAUCAUUUGGCUUCUUUGCAUCGCUUCCCUCCCUUACGGAUAUACCUGGCUCCCUUGCAGAGAUUGCGUAUGCAUUGGAUGUUCUCAAGGCAGAUGGAGUGACUCUUUUCACGAGGUAUGGAGAUGGUAACAACUAUCUAGGCCAUCCUCAGUUUACGCCAAUCUGGGAAGAGCUCAAUGCCCGCAAGGCCGUCGUCUUCAUCCACCCUACGCACCCAGUGAACACCACCUGGACGAAUCCACUCCUCCCCCAGCCUGUCAUUGACUAUCCCCACGAAACAACCCGGACGGCCGUCGACAUGAUCAUCGCCAAUGUCACCCGAAAGUUUCCCGACUGUCCCAAGAUCCUCUCGCACGCGGGCGGUUCGCUUCCGUACUUGAUUUCUCGCAUUGCAACCACUUCUCGAGAAACAGAGGGUACAAAACUGAUGUAUGGAAAAACAAGCACAGAGCUUGUCGAAGAUUUCCGCUCUUUCUACUUCGAUCUGGCGCUCUCCAGCUCCCCGGCUGUCCUAAACAUGCUGCUUGACCUGGUUCCGCACAAUCAAAUCAUUUAUGGUUCCGACUUUCCAUACGCGGCCUCGGACAAGGUCGCUGGAUUCAGGGAGAAUCUGGAUGCGUUCCACAUGGGAGACAGGCUCCGUAAAAUGAUCUACCAAGGAAACGCCAACGAUCUUCUCAGGAGUUAA